AUGCCGUUGUCACUUGUCAGAUAUCCUUUGGGCUUUGAGCAAUUUUCUUGAUUUUUCCAAUAAUAAAAAUGGCUGGAGAAGUUGAACUAGCUCAAUCUGCUGCUCCUGGAGGAGAUACAAUUUUUGGGAAAAUCAUCAGGAAAGAAAUUCCGGCUAAAAUAGUGUUUGAAGAUGACCAAUGCAUGGCAUUUCAUGAUGUGAACCCACAAGCUCCAACCCAUAUACUGGUAAUCCCAAAGAAGCCUAUACCGCAACUUUCUAAGUCUGAAGAUGCAGAUGAACAACUUCUUGGUCAUCUUCUAGUUGCUGCACGAAAAAUUGCUGCUCAAGAAGGCUUGGACAAAAGUGGAUUCCGUUUAGUGGUGAAUGACGGCAAGAAUGGUGCUCAAAGUGUCUAUCAUCUUCACAUUCAUAUCCUAGGUGGACGCCAAAUGCAAUGGCCACCUGGCUAAUACAAUAUCCAUAAUCUCAACAUAUUUUAAAAAAACUGU